UCGUGGGUUCCAACCUAAUUCUCGGAUUUUUUGGGCGGCGGCGUCCAUGGACGAUGCGGCGGCUUCCCUAUCCAAGAAGCGGAGGCGGGACGAUCCGCAAUCUCCGGCGAGCAGGGACGUCAGCGGCGGCGAUGGUGCGAGCCUCGACCUCAUCAGCCGCCUCCCUGACGAGAUCCUCGGCACCAUCAUCUCUCUCUUGCCUACAAAGGACGCUGCGCGGACAACCGCUCUCUCUUCCCGGUGGCGCUACCUCUGGCGCUCCGCCCCGCUUAACCUGGCGGUCGACUACCUGGGGCACCAACCUGUUUACCGCCAGGUGAGCGAGCGCAUCGCCGUCAUCGUCUCCAAGAUCCUCGCCGUGCACACCGGCCCCGCUCGCCGCCUCUCCUUCGGUGACCGCCACGGCACCCGCCCCAGCCGUGACCUCUGCGCCAAGUUCGCCGGCUGGUUCUGGUCCCCCGCCCUCGAUGGCCUCGAGGAGCUUGAUUUCUACUUGGGCGACAAUCCGUGGUGGACGCUGCCGCCGUCCGUGCUCCGCUUCACGCCCACACUGCGCGUCGUCAGACUGCGCGGCUGUGAUUUCCACGAGAUUAAAGCUACCCCCGCACUUCAUCUCCCUCGGCUGAAGGAGCUCAAGCUCUGUGGUGUCGCUAUCUCGGAGGCGACCCUCCACUGCCUGCUCGCUGCCUGCACUGCGCUAGAGAGCCUUCAGCUUGAUAAAAUCCAGGGGCCCAGCUCCGUCCGGAUCAUCUCGUCCACUCUACGGAGUAUUGGUGUCGCUGGUUCUUACUCCAACGGUGAAGAGUCCCUUCUUCAGGAGCUUGUCAUUGAGGAUGCACCUUGCCUUGAGAGAUUGAUCACACUUGGUCCAUCUGGUGGCCCGAGGAUAGUCAGAGUCCUUGCGGCGCCGAAAUUGAUGGUGUUGGGCUGCUUGUCUAGCGAAAAUCUCAAAAAUGUGAAUGGAACAAUUGUGCGGGAAAUUAUCCCCACUAGUUUGACUGCGUCAGGACGCACAGUGAAGGUCUUGGUUCUAGAAUCUAUCGGCCCCAAUCUGGAUGUAGUUGUUGGCUUUCUUAGAUGCUUUCCCUGCUUGGAGAAGCUAUACAUCCAAUCACACCAUAGGAAGGAUAUGGAAAAUGUGUGCCAAUAUAGCACACUCGACCCCAUCGAAUGCCUCGAACUCCAUCUCAGAGCAAUAGUUUUGAACACCUAUGAAGGCAAGAGAGCAGAUGUUAACUUUGCCAAGUUCUUUGUUCUGAACGCAAAGGUGCUCAAGGUAAUGAAAUUUGGCGCCUGUGGUACCUGCAAUGAUAAAUGGGUGGCUAAUCAGCGCAGGCGGCUACAACUGGAUAUCAGUGCUUCCAAAGCUGCAGAAUUUUAUUUUAAAAGAGAUUUUGAUAUCCCCAGCUUUUGCGAUCACUAUCACUUUUAUGGUAUGUGGACAGUUGAUCCCUUUGGUAGCUCGUAGUGCAAAUGUUGUUAUCUGGUAUGACGCCCUUUCAGUGGAGUCUCUUGCAAAAAACAGUAGCCUGAAGUAUGCUGAAAUUUAG